GGAAUUGCAUCUUUUUUGUCUUGGGUCCCAGUGGUUGGUAGAGUUAAUUGUCAAUCACCAUGUUAACCAAGAGUGUGAAUAUGAGGUUUCCAGUGAUAAUAAUUGAGUUGAUAGAAGCAAGAUUUCAAUGGUGUUACUGUUAUCUACAUUUCAAAAAGCUUUGUCUAUGGAGUUUCUACUCUUUUUGUUAUUCACACCAUAUGCUCUUGGUGAUUCUACUCCUUUUCCCACCAACUUUCUCUUUGGCACUGCUUCUUCUUCCUACCAGUAUGAAGGUGCUUACUUGAGUGAUGGAAAAGGGUUGAGCAACUGGGAUGUCUUUACUCACAAACCAGGUAGUACUGAUGAUGGAAGUAACGGCGAUGUUUCUGUUGAUCAAUACCAUCGGUAUCUGGAGGAUGUAGAUUUAAUGGAAGCUAUCAAAGUCAACAGCUACCGGUUUUCAAUUUCAUGGACAAGAAUUCUACCAAAAGGUAGAUUUGGAGAGGUCAACAUGGCUGGAAUCGACUACUAUAAUAGGCUUAUUGAUGCUUUGCUACUCAAAGGUAUCCAACCAUUUGUUACAUUGUUUCACUUUGAUAUCCCUCAAGAACUUGAAGACCGAUAUGGAGGUUGGCUAAGUCCCCAAUCACAGGAAGAUUUUUUAUUAUUUGCAGACAUAUGUUUUAAAUCCUUUGGUGACAGAGUUAAGUACUGGAUCACAUUCAAUGAACCAAAUCAACAUGUUACAGUUGCUUACCGUAAAGGUAUACACCCACCAUGUCGCUGCUCCGGAAAAUUUGGAAAUUGUAGCGAGGGAGAUUCAGAGAAGGAGCCCUUUGUGGCAGCGCAUAAUAUUAUCCUAUCACAUGCAGCUGCAGUUGAUAUUUAUAGAAACAAAUACCAGGCUGAGCAAGGCGGAGAAAUUGGCAUCGUCGUACACAUUGACUGGUUAGAGCCGUUAAGCAAUUCCACAGCAGAUCAAUUAGCUGCUGAAAGAGCACAAUCAUUCAGCAUGAACUGGAUCUUGGAUCCAAUCAUAUUCGGCAAGUAUCCAAAAGAGAUGGAGAUGAUUCUAGGAAGCAUAUUACCCAAAUUUUCCAGUAAUGACAAAACAAAACUGAAUCAAGGACUCGAUUUCAUUGGCAUCAAUCAUUAUGCAAGUUUCUAUGUCAGUGACUGCAUUUCAUCAGUGUGUGAGUCUGGGCCAGGAGUCUCCACAACAGAAGGUUUAUUUCAACAAACUUCACAAAAAGACGGUGUCCCAAUUGGAGAGCUCACUCCGUUUGAGUGGCUCAAUGUUUACCCACAAGGCAUGAAGAAAACCAUUAACUAUGUGAAAGAAAGGUACAAUAACACUCCAAUGUUCAUCACUGAGAAUGGGUAUGGCAAUUUGUAUGAUCCGGAUAACACAAAUGAAGAACAUCUUCAUGAUAUUAAGAGAGUAAACUACAUGUCUGGUCACUUAGAUAAUCUAAUGGCAUCAAUAAGGGAAGGAGCAGAUGUGAGAGGUUACUUUACCUGGUCUUUGCUUGACAACUUUGAGUGGACAUAUGGUUUUUCGGUGAGAUUUGGACUUUACCAUGUUGAUUUUGCCACACAGAAGAGAACUCCAAAAUUGUCAGCAAGUUGGUACAAAGAUUUCAUUGCAAAGCAUAAAACCGAGAGCAUUAAUAUCGCACAUGACAGCGAGACGAGAAACAACUGGAACAAACAAUUCAAGGCAAAUGCCAUGCUUAGAACUGUAAGCUCGGAGCAUAGAAUGAAAAACUUGGAUUAACUUGUCUCAUUGUCCAUUGUAACUAUCGUUUCUUUCACAACCUUAAUUGUACUCUCUUGUUUUAUGGACAAGAACCGUAGUUUAUUCUCUUACAGUUAAUCAAUAAAUCAAUGAAUGAAUUGCAAAGUACAACAA